AUGGGCACCGGACAAAUUCGCACUGCUCUCAAGAUCGAUCGUGGGAAGCCGGCGUGGGAGCAACCAGGUCUUCAUAAUAGAUGGCAUCCUGACGUCCCCUCCGUUAGCACGAUUGCACAAAAUGAAGUCGUAAAGAUCGAAUGCAUCGACUGGACUGGAGGCCAGAUCAAGAACGAUGAUUCUGCCGAUGAUAUCAAGAACGUCGACCUGACACGAAUCCACUACCUAUCUGGACCCUUCGACAUCGAAUCUGCAGAGCCUGGAGACGUUCUAGUAGUCGAAAUCCAAGAUGUGCAGCCGCUGCAAGAUGAGCCAUGGGGUUUCGGAGGCAUCUUCGAUCGGAAUAACGGGGGAGGAUUUCUUGACGAGAUAUACCCGAAGCCGGCCAAAGCAAUUUGGGAUUUUGAAGGGAUCUUCUGCUCUUCUCGUCACAUUCCCGGUGUGCGCUUCCCCGGCCUCAUCCAUCCAGGAAUCCUGGGCUGUGCACCAACUGCAGAGAUUCUAGCAGAAUGGAACCGUCGCGAGGGUGAACUGAUUGCAGCAAAUGCCUCCGCUGAUCGAGAUGUCGCCAAGCCACCGGAGCCAAAAGGUGCGCAUGCCGGUGCUGCACAAGAAAGCCUCAUAGAAAAGAUUGCACGAGAAGGAGCUCGCACGAUUCCUGGCCGUCCCGAAAAUGGCGGCAACGCCGACAUCAAAAACCUCUCCCGCGGCUCCAAAAUCUACCUCCCCAUCCACGUCCCCGGCGCCAAAUUCUCCGUCGGCGAUCUACACUUCUCCCAAGGCGACGGUGAGAUAUCCUUCUGUGGCGCGAUUGAAAUGGCCGGCGAGAUCACCCUGAAAUUCAGCGUCCUCAAAGACGGCAUGGCCAAGAUGGCCAUGAAAUCCCCCAUCUACAUACCAGGACCCGUCGAGCCUCAUUUUGGGCCCGGCCGAUAUCUAACUUUCGAGGGAUUCUCUGUCGACGACCAGGGGAAGCAGCAUUAUCUCGAUACUACUGUUGCGUACCGGCAAACCUGCUUACGGGCGAUUGAGUAUCUGCGGAGGUAUGGAUAUAAUGAUUAUCAGUUAUAUUUGCUGCUUAGUUCUGCGCCGGUGCAGGGGCAUAUUGCUGGUAUUGUUGAUAUUCCGAAUGCGUGUACUACGAUGGGAAUACCGAUGGAUAUUUUUGAUUUUGAUGUUCGGCCUGAGGCGGAGGUUGUUAAGAGGGAUAUGGGGAGUUGUGCGUUUGCUAGUAGUUCAUUUCUUUGA